AUGCGGCCCAAAGCACCCACAGCACACUGCGAGACAGGUGGAGAGAAAUGGCAGAAGUGGGGGAGAAAAGUGUGGAACCAUGCAGCCCAGAGCAUCCAUAGCGUACUUCGCUUAGCUGGCCGGCCCCGCGGUGGUUUUUUCCGCGGGGAGUAUUCAUGCGCCUGUCAGUUGCCACCACCGUGGCAUCUGAUGAGUGAAGUGACAUACCACCGGCAGAUUCAUGGUGGGCCCGUGAUCGUGGUCAAGAAUGGCUUCCUGGACGAACGAUGCGGGCCCGAGGAGGAGAUCCACACCCGGGUGCAACGCUCGAAAUCCGCGCCGAACCAACGCCUGGAAAGUGCCGGGAACGACGCUGCUGAGAUUCAAACCGACGCAGACAGCAACUAUAGCUACAGGGAUCGUGGCCUGUCAGGAGAUGCUAGCACCAGCCUUGCGGCUUCAGAGGUUCCGCGAAGCCCGUUUGUGGGAUGUGAAGCCUCUGGACCAUCCUCGCUUCUGCAGAGUGCUCUGCGACAUACUCCCAAGCGAACCGCUGAGGAGCCGGUCGACGGCCUUUCCGAUUUCAAGCUGGAAGAUCCGGCGGGUCUGGUGCACUUUGACCUCAUUGGCCUUGACGAACCCGAGGGCAAUGUUAAGGGAAGAAGUUGGUCAGAGGAAUCGGAUCACAGAGUCUCAGCAUCGAGGACACGAGGGCCGCCUGCACCGCCUGCUGGGCAGCCUGCCUCCCCGGUGCUGCAGCCGCUCAAUGCCCAACUGCUGCAGCAGCUGUUGGCAGCACAGGCGCAGGCGCAGGUCAUGGGAGUCGCCGCGCAACACUUCUGGCAGUUACAGAUGCAGCCAUCCAUGCAUUCGCGGCCAUCCUCUGUGCAGCCGUCCAUGCAUUCGUCGCCUCAGAUCUCUCCGCAACUGGCACCACAGCUGGGAACGCACGUGCCGCAGCUGUUGCUGUCGCCGCUGAUGUCGCCACAAGGGCCGGAACCAUCGUUGCUGUCCCCGGAAUCUUCCCGACCUCAGUCGCCACAGCCAAACAACCCAUGCCCAGUGGGUCUGCAGGUGCCGCAGCCGCAUACGAUCAGGCAUUCACUGAACAUGGACAACGGCAUGCACCAGGUCUUUUGGCAUGUGGAUGCCUUAAAGCUCAAGGGACAAGAGAGACAAACAGUCUCCCCGUCUUUUGAGCUUCCUUUUGAAGGACAGGUGAGCUUCAGGUUAGUGCUAGUUCCAAAGCCCAAUCCGGAUGGCAAGGGUGGGGCAUCCUUCAAAAAAGCCAACGGAGUCGGGAGUGUUCACCUGAAGUGCGAGGCUGCAAAGGGCCUUGUGAACUUUUUCGUUUCAAUAAGCAACGGACGGCCAGACUUCAAUCGUGAGCCUCGUGGCCCCGUGAAGCACAACUUCGCAGAGCUGAGCACUUGCGGCUUGCGAAAAGGAGAGGAGAUGUGGGACUUUACGAAAGCCGUGGACAAAGAGACACAGACCUUCGCAGUUUGUCUUGAGAUAUCUUCGCUUGUUACAUGACAUCUGCACAGCUAGCUACAGGUUGGGCAAAACGCAAAGGGCCAAGAGAGUCG